CUCUCUCUCUCUCUCUCUCAACUCUCUCAUCUCCUCCCUCUGCCGUUUUCAAAAGAAAUGGACUCCACCAGCCACAACAGCUUCACCUCACCCACCUCCUCCUCAAACGACAUUGACCAGAUGCCGGAGACUCCCCACCGCGGCGGCUCCUACCACCGCCGCGCCCACUCCGACUUCUCCUCCUUCCGCCUCCCCAACUUCGACGACCUCCUCCUCUUCGACCCCUCCGACCUCGACCUCUCCUCCUUCCCCUCUCCCCUCCCUCCACGUGGCACCGCAGCCACCACCACCCCCGCCACCUCCAACUCCGCCGCCGUCCCGAUGCCGAUCGACGAUUCCGACGACUCCUCCUCCUCCCGCCCCAGGCCGAGCUCCUCCGCCACCGCCGCCCACUGCCGCAGCCUCUCCGUCGACUCUGACUUCUUCGACGGCCUCGGAUUCUCCUCCGACGCCGCUCCCGCCAAGGAAGUCGUCGGCGGUAAGAGGCCCGGCGGCGGCCACCACCGGCAUAGCAACUCCAUGGACGGCUCCUUUGACUCUGAGCUCUCUCUCGAUGGUCUCAAGAAGUCCAUAACUCCUGAUAAGCUUGCUGAGCUCUCUCUGAUUGACCCUAAGAGAGCCAAAAGGAUCUUAGCUAAUAGGCAAUCCGCGGCGAGGUCCAAGGAGAGGAAGGUGAGAUAUGCAAAUGAGCUGGAGAGGAAGGUGCAGACGCUUCAGACAGAGGCAACCACUCUAUCGGCACAGGUCACACUGUUACAGAGAGACACUACUGCAAUAACUGCUGAGAAUAAGGAGCUCAAAAUUCGGCUACAGGCUAUGGAGCAACAAGCACAACUGAUAGAUGCCUUGAAUGAAAAAUUAAAGGAGGAAGUGGAACGGCUUAAGAUUGAAACCAAUCAAAUCCCCCAUGGUAAUGGAAACCUUUUCUACAGAGGACUCCCCCCUCAAUAUGCGACAUCCCAGUCUGCCUUGCAUAAUCAGCUUGGAGGUAGCCAGGGCCAGCAGCAGCAGCAGCUUCACAUGCUUCACAAUCAGAACGUCAAUGGACAACCUCGCCCAAGUUUCAUGGACUUCAACCAGAGAGCGUAGAACCUCUAUAUCUAGCCAUUAACAAAAGGAGUUCAGUAAUGUUGUAGUAUUUAGAGGAGGGUGGGUAGUUAAUCACAUUUAGCUUGUUGUAUAUACUACAUACAGAUGUAUAUGUAUGUGGUACAGGCAAAGGCUGUGUAGAUUUGUUGCUCGGAUCAGAACCACAUUACACAGUUUCCUGUAUCAAUUAUUACUUUUAGGAUUAGAGUUCUUUAGAGCAAAAGAUUUGCAACACCUGUUCUGUAUUCUAUCGAACCAUGCAAACCUUCAGGUUCCUUCAUGCUAAUAUGCCUACGAGUAUUCCCAGUA